CUUUCCUGUUCCACUUGACAAGGCCCUCAGUCAGUGAAGAUGUGUAAGCAUUUCUGUGGCACAUCACUUCUAAAUUAAAGCCAUGUUUUUCUGAUGAAACCAUGCAGGGAGUAGUGAUAACCUGCCUUGUAAUUCUGUACUCAGUAUGUGGAGCUGAAGGAAUAAAACUUAGAAACUGCAACAAGACAGACGGAUCGACAGAUUUACAUGAGCCGAUCAUUUGUGAGGGGAUCUCCAGCAACGGUUCUGUAGUCUGGUAUCACCAGUACAAAGGUGUUCUGGCCCAGUGCAGUGUUGAUGGAAACUGUUCGACUAGCUACAGUGACGACUACAACAUCACCAGGGAAGCAAACUCAACCGUCAGCCAGCUUAGAAUUCUUAAGGGAGGCACAGAGGACCACGGUGUGGUCAUUAGCUGCGACGAUAGAGUGAGCAGCACCAAUACCAACUGUACAUUAAUCUUAAAAAAGGUUGAAAUCAGUAACUGCACCAGCAGCAAAGUAGUAGUAUUUGAAGAUGCUCCUGAGGCAAUCACCUGUCAAAAUAUUCCCAGGAAUAGCGGAAACGUAUGGCUUCGCUCUAAAGAUGGAGGAACGGAAGAGGUCUUGGGUAACUGCAGUUCUGAGGGAAUCUGUUUCAGUAAAAACAGCAAUCGAUUCAAGAUAACAAGAGAUAAUCAGUCAACAGACAGUCAACUCCUUAUUCUUAAAAGAUUUCGAGAAGUCGCCGGCGAUCAAAUCACUUGUGAGGAUACGUUACAAAAGACUCGCCAUACUUGUCGACUCCUAAUCAGACAUCACCCUGUCCUCAGCCAUUGUAAUAUCAACUCCACUUGUGUCAACAGAAAUGUCUCCGGUUCUUGUUUCAUAAACAAUAUGUUCUCGUCUGACAAUUUGCAUGAGUGCGUGUGGACAUUGAAAAAUAUGAACAACAACAGUAGAGUAAAUAGAAAAGCUGGUGAUUUCGGCUACUCAUGGGAUAAUGACAAUACCGCCUGCAACGACAAGUGUUACCGGGGCAAGUGUUCACUCGAGUGGCAGCUGCCUCAGGAAAAGGGGAAUUACAUCAUCACUGUAACUGUGAUUGGUUCAACAAAAACAGCAUUUUCACAAGUCAUUUCGAACGAUGACACCUGCAAAACAUUUUCUACAGUGCCUCUAACUUCAGUCAGCCAUGGAGCAACGACGCCUAGUAAAGAAUCUUUGCCUUCUGAAGCGAAGAAUCAUCCAGUUAUUAUUAUUGUUAUUGUACUUGUGGCAAUAACCGCCCUUAUCAUCGCAUCAGUCAUUUUCUUUGUAAUCUUCAGACGGCGAAGACAGCAAAAUCUUAGGCGUAAAGACAAACAUCAUCAAGAAAACAGGAAGAAUUUGAGGACCACAUUAACGAGGUCUAUCAAUGUGCAGAUCUUCUUACAUCACAGCCCAGAGCAAACACGUGACCAAGAAAAAUAAUGAGAAACCGCGAGAUGAAAUGAUUUACGAAAAAAAACCAGUCUGUGUUUAUAGGUUCUCUUGUAAAACUAUGAUUCGGAAGAACUCAAAUGAAAAAAUGAUGUGGAACUUUUAAAAAAAUCCCAAGGUUUAAAACAUCAAAUCACUUCUUUCCCAGUUUUGUUUAGCACAAAAGAUAAUGUGCAAAUACACAAUGGCUUUGAACUACAUUGAAUAAAUAUUAAAAGCA